UUACGAGCGACUCAUAAUUAUGCGGUACGCUCAGAUAAUUGUUGGUCCUGCCGGCAGUGGCAAGUCGACGUACUGCAGCUUAAUGCAGCAAUAUGCCAUGGACUCGAAGCGAAAUAUCCAGGUGGUGAACCUAGAUCCGGCGGCAGAGCACUUCAACUACAACCCACUGACGGAUAUCCGCGAGCUCAUUCACCUGGACGAUGCCAUGGAAGACGAGGAGCUGCACUACGGACCAAAUGGGGGCCUGAUCUUUUGCCUGGAGUUCCUGAUCGAGAACCAGGAUUGGCUGAAGGAGCAGCUCUGCGGUGGAGAGGAUGAGUUGAUGGUGGGCGAGCCGGACGACGACUAUAUACUGUUCGACAUGCCCGGUCAGAUAGAACUGUUCACUCACCUGAAGAUGGGCAAGCAGCUGGUGCAGCUGCUAGAGUCCUGGAAUUUUCGCACCUGCGUCGUCUUCUGCUUGGACUCGCAGUUCAUGGUUGACGGGGCCAAGUUUAUAUCCGGCACCAUGGCCGCUCUCAGUGUGAUGGCCAACAUGGAACAGCCGCACGUCAACGUGCUGACCAAAGUAGAUCUGCUAAGCAGCGAGGCGCGGAAGCAGCUGGAGAUGUACCUGGAGCCAGACGCCCACAGUCUGAUGGGGGAGCUGACCAUAGGAACAGCGUUUGGCGAAAAAUACGGCAAGCUCACAGAGGCUAUUGGCUCGCUGAUCGAGGAUUUCAGUUUGGUGAGAUUUUUCCCGUUGGAUUCCCAGGACGAGGAGAGCGUGGGCGACCUUUUGCUGCAAAUUGACAGUAUUUUGCAGUACGGCGAGGAUGCCGACGUGAAUGUCAAGGACUUUGAUGAGCCGGAGGAAGCGGAUCGGGAUAUAUAGUUUCCAUAAAUAUUACGCCUUAAACCAUUAAUGUUUGUAAUAUAGUCUAUUUUAAAUAAAAAUUACUUGUAUAUAUGAUUUUCAAAA